UCUCAGCAUAGAGAGGGCUGGAUUGCUUGGCCUGGGCCGCCUGAGCUGUCCCGGGGCUUCCUCGGCCUCACACAGUGCAGAGGGCGCCAAGACAGGAACGAUCUUCUCCCCUGGCUGUACCAUGGAGCCCUGAGCGCUUCUACCGAGGCCCCUACCGGGAGAAUGAGCCGCUGAGGGAGUGAGGACCAUCCGGGGAGCAUCGCUGCCAUCAUGGCUCAGGAGAAAAUGGAGCUGGACGUGGACAUCCCUAGCGAUGGCAGCCUGAGGAGAUCCAAUAGUGCCCCCCAUAUUAAUGUGCUCAGUGAUCACUCACAAGUGUUCCAACCCUACGCGGUGAGGGCGCGCAGAAACAGCACCACUUUUGUGAACCGCCAGACCCUGGUACCAUCUUCCUCCCCUGUGCGAAUACCAAGCAGCAGACUUCAUCAGCUGAAAAGGGAGGAAGGCGUAGAUCUGAUGAAUCGAGAGACCGCACGUGAACGGGAAGUGCAAACUGCAAUGCAAAUGAGUCUUUCUUGGGAGGACAGCUUCAGUCUGAGUGAUAAUGAUUUUGAAAAACUGGAUAAACCUUCAUCCCCAAAACGUGUAGAUUUUGCUCCAGUGUCGCCAGCCCCUUCACCCACAAGAGGAAUAGGAAAGCAAUGUUUCUCACCUUCAUUACAAAUGUGUCUGAGCAGUAACGGCUUGCCUCCAAGCCCUAUACCCAGUCCCACAAGACGCUUCACCACCAGGAGGAGUCAGAGCCCCAUCAACUGCAUUCGUCCGAGUGCACUUGGUCCCAUCAAGAGAAAAGUUGAAAUGGAAAUAGAAACCCAACCAAAGAGGCUGUUUCAAGGAACUACCAACAUGCUGUCCCCGGACAUGACUCAUCUUUCUGAUUACAGUUGCCUUUCAUCAGACCUGGACAGCAGCAGCAGCAUUGGCUUCUCUGACUCUACGACUAAAGACGGAUGUGUGGCUGACUCACCCGUGACUUGUUCCAACUCCAGCUCUUCAUUCAUAUCAAUAGAUGAUCUUUCUCCAAAGUGAAGGUCCCAGCGCAGGCUGUUUAUUUUAAAGACUGCAUGGUGGAGUCGAGGAGCAAAGUGAUCUCUACUCUCCAAGCCCAAUCUCUGUCUGUGUAUUUUUUUUUUUUGAUUCUUUAUAAUUAUUAUUAUGUAUAUAACAUGCCCUUUCCAGUGUGGACUGUUACAGAAAAUAAAGUGGGGCUGUAUAUUUUAUGUACAGAAUAGUAUGUACAGUAUGUGUACAUAUUUCCUGUAUCUUCCAGGUGUUUGUGAAUUGUUUUUUCUCUUUAAUAUUUAGUGUUUAUUUAUUUAAAACGAAUGGAUGUAAGGUCUGUAACCACGGGCUAAGAAUGUACUUUAACUUAGCUUGGUGACAGAUAUCGGCCAAUGUUGACUGUUGGAGUAAUAUUGCCAACCAGUAAUUUGUCAUUGGUGGCUUUUUUAAUUUGUUUUUUUUUUUUCAGUUUUUUUUUUUAUGUGUCAACU